GAACAUAGAAAAUCAAGCCAAAUACAACGGUUUUGACAGUUUAUUCGGUUGACAAUAAAAUUUAUUUGAAUGAUUUCAUGUGUAUUUAACUUGUUUUUGUGUUUAAACUACAGUGUGAGUGACGAAUAUCAUCACAAUGGAUACAACGACAAGUAUAAAACCUAAGACGAUGGCUGAAUUGUUACCCGGACUGAGUGGUAUUCUGUCGAAAGACACAAUGCAAACACUCACAAGUAAAAAGCAACCGCGCCAGACCAUAGCCCAGACUCGGACCACCGAGAAGGUUACUAAACCUUUAACAAUAGCGGAAAUGAGGGCUGACAUAUUAGCACUUAGAGUUCAGUCUCCAAGGAGGUACGCCCAAGGAGCUACAACAUCUAAAAAGAAGAUAUGGAACUCUUCAGUCAAAGUUGAAAAAACUGUAAGCCACACAGCCAAUGGGCAGAUGAAACACAAUCCUGUCAGAAAAGUGCUCAACUUUCAACCCAAACCAAAACCUGUUCCUACAAUAGCAGCCAGAAAAACUUUAGCAGUAGAAUCACCAAAGUUUACAAGACCUGAUUUUAGAGCAAAGAAAUCUCUCCUUCUACAAGCUCGCACCAAUGUCAGAAUAAGUGGCAUAUGCAACAUAUCUGAAACACCACUUGUAACCAAGCCACUAAAGAGUAGGAUGACUUUAGCAAAUAAAGAAAACAUAUCUAACCAAGCCAGCAUUAAGAAGCUACCAGCACCAAGACCCCUGGUCCACAAAAAGCUGAUACCUGUAGUGCCGGACACACCACUGUCCAAUGAGUCUUGGAAGUCCAGUUGUGAUGCCAGCUUCUUGCAAAACGAAAAAGAUAUAAAUGAUGUUGAAGCUAAAACAAAAGCAAUAGCUGAAGAACCUACACUAGAAAAAAUAGCUGAAGUAACCCCUCCUGCAUCAACACCUUUCAAAGAGUAUCGAAAUGUCAAAGAAUAUUUUAACAACUCUAGUGAAAUAGAGAACUCUGCAGCUUGUAAUGAUGAAACCAUCAUGUGCUUUGAGAAGCACUCGCUUAGCAAAGAGAAUAACCACAGAGAAGAGAGUGUGAUUGUCUCUCUCUGUGACUUACUCAACAAAGCCACUGUCACAAACUCAGGUAAAAUUAGCACAGAACUGGAAGACUUAUUGCAAAUUGAAGAACAAACUGAGCGCAACCUAAAAAUGAUAGAUAAUAGCAUUGCCGCCCUAAAUAAGAUUAAAGAGUCACAGUUAACUUCUCUGAAAUAUGUUAGAAAGUUAAUAUCGGAGAAGAAGCCAAGUAGAUGUAUGGACCCCAGUUUAAAUCAUACCAAAGUCUCUCCCAAAGCUAUUAAAAUGGAGAAAACAAGUCCAAAACGAGAUAGUCUGAGUAAGCCAUGCUCAGUUAUCAAGUCUUGUUCAAAGUCACCAUCUUACAAAAUACCUAAGAAAAAUCUGUGCCUAAGAAAAAAAGUUUUCCAUAAAUCAAUGCCAAAUGUUUCCAGCGAACCAAUUGUAACACCAGAGAAGGCAGAUAUGGGCAACAAAGCUCUCAGUAUGUACAUGAAGAUGAAGGAACAUAUGAACUUCUUAAAUACCCCUAUUGCUAAGCGAAACUUGAAUGUCCCCGACACUCCAGCAGUAACUUCGCAUAAUUUACAGAAGCAGCUUGAUAAACUUUAUGAUGAAAAUUAGGAAAACAUUAAAAAUGUCAACAAUAUUUAGAAUAAUUUGUAAAGAAAGAGUAUAUUUUUAAUAUCUAAUAUUAGAUGAAAUUGUAAUUUAACUAACAAUAUUGUAUAAAUUGCUUUUAAUUAUUAUUUAGAUAAAAGUAUUUGUGCUACAGGUUGGCUAUGCAAUGUAAUAAUCAAGAUUCAAUAUUUUUUUCUAAACUUAUUAAAUUUUAAUAAUCUAACAUGUAUAUAAGGUUUGUGACUGAAAAAUUGUGAACUAAAGCAUUUAAAUAAUAAAAUUAAGCUGGUAGUAAUAUAUAAA